CGCCAACCUCACAUUCGCCAUUGCCAACCUCCUCCUCCCUUCCCCCCAAUUCGAUCGAUCGCUCGCUUCGCAGCAGCAGCAGCAGAGCUGGCUAGCGACAAGGUACACGCGAACGGCGACGCCGCCGAUGCCGGCGGCGGCGGCGAGGAGGAGGUGGUGGUGAGCAGCAGCAAGGCGGUGGUGGAGGAGCUGUACCGCGCGCUGGAGCGCGGCGACGGGGACGCCGUGCGGCGGCUGCUGAACCCGGACGUGGACUGGUGGUUCCACGGGCCCCGCGCGCACCAGCAUCUGGUGCUCAUGCGCCUCCUCACCGGCGGCGGCGGCGGCGCGGCGGGGCUCCCGUUCAAGGUCCGCGGCGUGGACGCCUUCGGGGAGACGGUGCUGGCGGAGGGGACGGACGCCACGGGGAAGCUGUACUGGGUGCACGCGUGGACGGUCGGCCCCGGCGGCCGCGUCACCGGCGUCCGCGAGUACUGCAACACCGCGCUCGUCGUCACCAGGCUCGGCGGCGGCGGAGGCGGCAAGGGAGCCGAGGCGGCGGCGCCGUGCUCGAGGUCGCAGUCGGAGCAGUUGUGGCAGAGCAGGCUGCCUGACCGGGCUCGCAAGAACCUCCCUGCCCUCGUCCUCGCCAUCUGAUCACUCAUGGAAACGUGAUUAAAGUGAUAAUUAACUGCGUGGUUAAAAGCUUCGGCAUGUGAUUAAGUGAUUGGCAAAGGUUGUAUAAUUAACGACCAAAUGAGUCACCAAAAAAAAAACGACCAAAUGAGUCUAAUGAUAGUGUUGCACUGUUCCUCGA